UGCUGGGGUCUAUGGGAGACAGGGUUAGAUGAGAUCAAGAGGGUGGGACCUUCACGAUGGGCUUAGUGACCUUAUAAGAAGGGACACCAGGGAGCUUGCUCUCUCUUUCUCCCCUUGUAUGCACAAAGAACAGGUCAUGUGAGCAUGCAGGGAAAUGGUGGCCACCGCAAGCCAAGAGAAGAGGCCUCAGAGUGAAACCUACCUCAGUGGCACCUUGAUCUUGGACUUCCCAGCUCCAGAACUGUGAGAAAAUAAGUUUCUGUUGUUUAAGCCUCCCAGUCUAGGGUACUUUGUUAUGAUAGCCUGAGCAGACUGAGAUACUUAGUUCAGAUAGAAAGUGAGAAGCUAAUUUGAGUAUGUUCUUUAUCUGUUCUUGGCCUGUUUUCUUUGGUCUGGGCAAGUCAUUUUCAAGGUGUUCUGUGAAGUUCAUCUUCAUCAGAAUCACCUGGGAAGCAUGUUAAAAAAUCAGAGUCUGGGUCCCAACCCCAGAGAUUCUGAUGGGGGUUAUAUGUGUGGCCUGACUGUGCGUUUUUCGUUUAUGUUUUUUUCUUUGAGAUAAACUUUACAUGGAGUGAAAUGUACAAAUCCUAAGUGUACUGUCUCAUGGGUUUUUAAUAAAUAAGUCCCUUUGUGAAAGCUAACCCCUAUCAAGAUAGAGAACAACAUGACCAUCAGCCCAGAAACUUCCCUGGUGUCCCUUCCCAGUCAGUCCCCACUGGGGAUCUUCAGUGGCAUCCCGGAGCUGUUUGCUAUGGUGGCAGUAGCUGGAGAGCUACUGUUAAUUAAUUUGAGCAACAGUGCAGCUGAGAAAUUUGAUCUAGCAGGGAGGUCUGGGACUGCCAUCCUGAAUUCAAGGUUCUCAAAUCUUGUAGCUCUUGGGUCAUAUUGAUAGGGGCUAUAUUUUUAAAAAGGGAUAGUUGGGCAACCGUUAGAAGGAAAUGGCAAUGAGCUUAUCUUUGGGCCUAUUUACUGCCCGCUUUUGAAAUUGGGUUGUUUCCAGUUCUGAGUGGGGAGGCUGCACUGUUCUUCUGAGUCUCAGAUUGGAGCCCAUUACCUGCCAGGCUCCUGCUCAUUCUUACUUCCUCUUGGAGGGAUCCCCAGCAAUUCCAAUUCCACUAGUAGGGUUUCCCAGCUGAUCACUCUUCCCUGGCUGUUCUCAGUCAUUCUAAGUGUAGAAGCUACAUCAUCCUUGGCUUCUGCCUAGUGGCUCACUUAACUGCAUCACCUCAAUUUAUCAUGUUGCUGUUUAUCUUUUGUAACAUAAAGUUUUAUUAUUUGACAUACUAUCUCAGUCUGUUCCUUUUGCUCUAACAAAAUACCUGAAACUGGGUGAUUUAUAAAAGAAUUUAUUUCUCACAGUUGAGGAGGCUGGGAAGUCCAAGUUAAAGGUGCCAGCAGAUUUGGUUUCUGCCGAAGGCUCACUUUCUGCUUCCAAGAUGGCACCUUGUUGCUGUGUCCUCAUGUGGCAGAAGAUGGAAGGGCAAAAGGGUCAACUCUUCUUCAAGACCUUUUAUAAGGGCACUAAUCUGUUCAUGAGGGAAGAGCCCACACUGUCUAAUCACCUCCCAAGGCCUCGUACCUCUUAAUACUGUCACCCUGGGGGUUGAGUUCCAAAGUGCAUUUUGGAGGGCCAUAUACAUUCAAACCAUAGCACAUGCAUUAUCUCAUUUAAUCCAGAGCUAAUGGUUGACAUCCCAUCCCGUUGGGACAAGAACACAUGGAUAGUUGAGCUUAAAGUGUCAAAAUGUGGACAGUAUUCAGAGGAAACAGUGAUAGUGAGCUGGAGGGUUCUGGAAAGAUCAUGUGGAGGCAAUGGGGCAAGAGCUGGACCAUGAAGAAUGGAUGGGGGCAGAGGAUCGGCAGGCAGGAGAAUGGGGGAUAAGGACCUCCUAGCGACUUAGGCGAAUUUAGUAUGACAUCUUGGUUUUAUUAAAUAAGUAGCAUUUGAUACUCUUUAGUCUACUUUACCUUUUCCUUCCAACAACUCUGUGAAUUAGAAAGGGCAGAUGGUUAAAUCUAUUUACUGUUGAGAAAUGGAGGUCCAGAGAGAAAAAAAAUGCUUUACCCAAGACACACAGUGAAAUUAAUGGCAGCCUGAGCUUCUCACCCUUGCUAUUUGAGUUUCCCCAUGUCACCUGACCACCCACUGGUAUCUGACCGCAAGAGACCUUCCUUGCUGACUUCCUGUGGUAUUUUAUUUUGUUUUGCACAGCAUGGCAGUGCUAUUAAAAACUAAAUCUUUUAAAAACAACAUUUCCUCAGUAGCAUCAAACACACAUCUUUAUCUUCUUGAUUCAAGCUGGUCCUGACUUUAAUUUGAUGUCUUUAAGAUAUCUUGAGGAGGGCCGGGCGCGGUGGCUCACGCCUGUAAUCCCAGCACUUUGGAAGGCCAAGGUGGGCGGAUCACGAGGUCAGGAGAUUGAGACCAUCCUGGCUAACACAGUGAAACCCUGUCUCUACUAAAAAUACAAAAAAAUUAGCCGGGCGCGGUGGGGGGCGCCUGUAGUCCCAGCUAUUUGGGAGGCUGAGGCAGGAGAAUGGCGUGAACCCGGGAGGCGGAGCUUGCAGUGAGCAGACAUCGAGCCACUGCACUCCAGCCUGGGCGACAGAGCCAGACUCCAUCUCCAAAAAAAACAAACAAAAAAAAAACAACAAAAAAAACCCAAAGAUGUCUUGAGGAGAAUAGGGUAAUGUGGACUUUCUUUCUUGAGAAUAUAGGAAAGUAUUAGAUUUCAGAGUCUGAGGUUAACACAGUGGUCACCAGCCUAAUGUGGCUAUUUAAAUUUGAGUUAAUUAAGUAAAACUUAAAAUUCAGUUCCCAGUUUGCAUUUACCUCAUCCCAGCUGCUCAAUAGCAACAUGUGGCUUGUAGCUCCUACAUUGCUGGUAUAGAAACAGAACAUCGCCAUUAUUGCAGAACGUUCUGUUGGACAGCACUAGCCUAAAGCUGCUGUCUCAACCAAGUGACUUCUCUGUAACCUCUGACUCUCUGUAACUUCUAACCUGUAACUUCUGUGUAACCUUUGACCUUACAAGAUGCACCCACUGGGCCUAUGUAAUAACAAUGACGAAGAGGACUUGUAUGAAUAUGGCUGGGUAGGAGUGGUGAAGCUGGAACAGCCAGAAUUGGACCCGAAACCAUGCCUCACUGUCCUAGGCAAGGCCAAGCGAGCAGUACAGCGGGGAGCUACUGCAGUCAUCUUUGAUGUGUCUGAAAACCCAGAAGCUAUUGACCAGCUGAACCAGGGCUCUGAAGACCCGCUGAAGAGGCCAGUGGUGUAUGUGAAGGGUGCAGAUGCCAUUAAGCUGAUGAACAUCGUCAACAAGCAGAAAGUGGCUCGAGCAAGGAUCCAGCACCGCCCUCCUCGACAACCCACUGAAUACUUUGACAUGGGGAUUUUCCUGGCUUUCUUCGUCGUGGUCUCCUUGGUCUGCCUCAUCCUCCUUGUCAAAAUCAAGCUGAAGCAGCGACGCAGUCAGAAUUCCAUGAACAGGCUGGCUGUGCAGGCUCUGGAGAAGAUGGAAACCAGAAAGUUCAACUCCAAGAGCAAGGGGCGCCGGGAGGGGAGCUGCGGGGCCCUGGACACACUCAGCAGCAGCUCCACGUCUGACUGUGCCAUCUGUUUGGAGAAGUACAUUGAUGGAGAGGAGCUGCGGGUCAUCCCCUGUACUCACCGGUUUCACAGGAAGUGCGUGGACCCCUGGCUGCUGCAGCACCACACCUGCCCCCACUGUCGGCACAACAUCAUAGAACAAAAGGGAAACCCAAGCGCGGUGUGUGUGGAGACCAGCAACCUCUCACGUGGUCGGCAGCAGAGGGUGACCCUGCCCGUGCAUUACCCCGGCCGCGUGCACAGGACCAACGCCAUCCCAGCCUACCCUACGAGGACAAGCAUGGACUCCCACGGCAACCCCAUCACCUUGCUGACCGUGGACCGGCACGGGGAGCAGAGCCUCUAUUCCCCGCAGACCCCCGCCUACAUCCGCAGCUACCCACCCCUCCACCUGGACCACAGCCUGGCCGCUCACCGCUGCGGCCUGGAGCACCGGGCCUACUCCCCAGCUCACCCCUUCCGCAGGCCCAAGUUGAGCGGCCGCAGCUUCUCCAAGGCAGCUUGCUUCUCCCAGUAUGAGACCAUGUACCAGCACUACUACUUCCAGGGCCUCAGCUACCCGGAGCAGGAGGGGCAGUCCCCACCUAGCCUCGCGCCCCGGGGCCCGGCCCGUGCCUUUCCUCCGAGCGGCAGUGGCAGCCUGCUCUUCCCCACCGUGGUGCACGUGGCCCCGCCCUCCCACCUGGAGAGCGGCAGCACGUCCAGCUUCAGCUGCUAUCACGGCCACCGCUCGGUGUGCAGUGGCUACCUGGCCGACUGCCCGGGCAGCGACAGCAGCAGCAGCAGCAGCUCCGGCCAGUGCCACUGUUCCUCCAGUGACUCUGUGGUAGACUGCACUGAGGUCAGCAACCAGGGCGUGUACGGGAGCUGCUCCACCUUCCGCAGCUCCCUCAGCAGCGACUAUGACCCCUUCAUCUACCGCAGCCGGAGCCCCUGUCGUGCCAGUGAGGCGGGGGGCUCGGGCAGCUCGGGCCGGGGGCCUGCCCUGUGCUUCGAGGGCUCCCCGCCCCUCGAGGAGCUCCCGGCGGUGCACAGUCAUGGUGCUGGGCAGGGCGAGCCUUGGCCAGGCCCUGCCUCUCCCUCGGGGGAUCAGGUGUCCACCUGCAGCCUGGAGAUGAACUACAGCAGCAACUCCUCCCUGGAGCACAGGGGGCCCAAUAGCUCUACCUCAGAAGUUGGGCUCGAGGCUUCUCCUGGGGCCGCCCCUGACCUCAGGAGGACCUGGAAGGGGGGCCACGAGUUGCCGUCGUGUGCCUGCUGCUGCGAGCCCCAGCCCUCCCCACCCGGGCCUAGCGCUGGAGCAGCUGGCAGCAGCACCUUGUUCCUGGGGCCCCACCUCUACGAGGGCUCUGGCCCGGCGGGUGGGGAGCCCCAGUCAGGAAGCUCCCAGGGCCUGUACGGCCUUCACCCCGACCAUUUGCCCAGGACAGAUGGGGUGAAAUACGAGGGCCUGCCCUGCUGCUUCUAUGAAGAGAAGCAGGUGGCCCGUGGGGGCGGAGGGGGCGGCGGCUGCUACACUGAGGACUACUCGGUGAGUGUGCAGUACACGCUCACCGAGGAGCCCCCGCCCGGCUGCUACCCCGGGGCCCGGGACCUGAGCCAGCGCAUCCCCAUCAUUCCGGAGGAUGUGGACUGUGACCUGGGCCUGCCCUCGGACUGCCAAGGGACCCACAGCCUCGGCUCCUGGGGUGGGACGCGGGGCCCGGACACCCCACGGCCCCACAGGGGCCUGGGAGCAACCCGGGAAGAGGAGCGGGCUCUGUGCUGCCAGGCUAGGGCCCUGCUGCGGCCUGGCUGCCCUCCAGAGGAGGCAGGUGCUGCCAGGGCCAGCUUCCCUAGUGCCCUCCAGGACACUCAGGAGUCCAGCGCCACAGCCACUGAGGCUGCAGGACCGAGAUCCCACUCAGCAGACAGCAGCAGCACAGGGGCCUGAGCUCAGGAGGAACUCUUACCUGGAAACUGGGAACUGUGUGGAGACUCCAAACUGACUUCCUUCAAAAAACAAAAACAAAAGAUUUUUUUAGCUUUGACAAACACGCAAAAGUGGUAAUAAAGAGAGCCCUCCUUGUCAACCCAAAAUGUGAGCCCCCUGUGGCAAAACCACCCCCUACUCCAUUAACAAGUCAACAGACAAAAUUCUCCGAGUCCUUUGCCUCUUUUGAUAACAUGUUCUGUUUUGUAAAGUGUGUGUGCUUGGGGUUCCGAGGUGUGGGAUUGAGUUCUCUGCUUUGUUUUUUUUUUAAGAUAAUGUAUGUAAAUGUAAAAAGUUAUUUAAAUAUAUAUUUUAAAGAACCCUAACCGCCAACUUUUGCUGAAAAAGAAAAAAAAAUCACUGCUGCAUUAAAUGAACCACAUCAUGUGUAGAUACUGUUGUCUCCCUGAAGGGAGCUCAGGCCUUUGAAAAGCUCAGGGCUUCACCUGCCUUAGAAAAUGAACCAGAAACUUGAAGUAAAGCUAGUUGAUAGGGGUACAGGCUCUGAGGAGCAGUGCAAAGCUGCCUCUUUCUUUUUCGUGGCAAAUCCCAAUGUACACGAUUUCAGGUCUCAGACGCCAUGCCUCUCCAGCCCACGCCUUUAGGCAGGUGAUGGCAGCAGCUAGGAACAGGGUGUACAUGAUCCGCAGCCCUGUGGAGCCAGGUCAAGCCGCUGCUAUGAAAGCUCCAGGGUGAUGGGGACGAUUCUGCCCAGUGUCCUUCAAUCUGUCCCCUCAGGUCAUGGUCCCAAGUGAAAUGACAGAGUUCACAGCCCUGAUCUUGGCUGAGGUCCAGGUCAUAGUAAGGGCAUGUUCUUGGGGCCCUCGACCUGAACUCUGACCCUCGGGGCAGGGAAGAGGAGGCUGUCCGCUUUGGUUGUCCUGACUUUGGAGUCCUUUGCAAAAAUAUUUUGGGCCCCCUGCCACUGGCUGCAGAAAUGGCUCGACGGGGUGUGUGGGGACAGACACCCAGAAGGAAUGUACUUUUGUGGCCUUGGUGUCCGAUGGGGCUGGGGGAGAGUGCUCUCCACUGACCCAGCAGCACACCGAUGUGCAGUGCGCAUGCAUCUGCAUCUGUGUGGGGGCAGCCACACCCCUUGGCUGCUGCUUCCUUGGGCUGCCUUUCUGGGGGCAUGUGCCUGGACCUACGAGGUCUGCACUGAGCUCCAUUUGAAUGAUACCUUUCCUGUCCCAUUUCCCCACGGAAGCACCGCUUCAGGGUUAUUCAGUCCUCUGCCUCAUGGCUGAAAUUGCUCAUCUCGUCUGCAGAUGUCUGCUGUCCUGUCUACCUAAUGCACUAUUAUGUAUUGAUUCUCCAUGAGACAGAGAGAGAGACUAUCAGAUAGUUUACACCCAAAGGGUAGGUUUUUGUAUAUUUUUCCAGCCUUUUUUAUUAAGGGGAAGGGGAGAGUUUAAAAACCCAAACCGUUGUGGUUUUAAGGUGUUUCAUUUUUAAAAGGGAGAGAGAAUCUGUUUAAAGCUAUUUCAGAUCAGGGAUUGUCAUCCUUUUUUGUCCAAUGUAUUCCUUGUUCUUUAAAAAAAUUUUUUUAGAGGAAACUAAUAUUAGUCCUUAUGUUCACUAACUCUUCUGGUCACUUGUAUUUAUUCAUUCAUUCAUCAGAUAUUUGUUGCCAUCUGAAAGAACUGGCCCAUUGGGUCUGAAAGCUCACUUGAGAAUAGGAAACUUGAGACCUGGCCCCCUGUGGGUAGGAGAACAAGGACCACCUGGGUUGCCAGGUGAUUCUCCAGUCUUGAACAAGUCUCCACCUGGGUUCUCCAGUCUUGAACCAGAAUCUCACUCUUAGAAUGUUUUUCUUGACCUCAGCAUAUGAUGAGGAAAUUUACUUAUCUCUAGCUAGGAUUUGACAAAUUCCAGCAUCAAAUGAUCAAAACAUUUGCCAUUGAGGCUUCACUGGUGAGAUCCGUCCUCCAUCCUCGGGUGCAGUCCCUUGGGGGCUGCUCCUCGGACUGCGCCCCGCACACCUGUUAUCGAGGGUGUGAGAAGCGCCUAAGCUGGUGACACGUGAUCUGAGACGCCUUCAUUUCUCGGGCCAGGAGUAGCAGCUGCUAAAGACAGCAGCUUGCAUUGCAUGGUUUUAGGGAAGCGGGGUCUGGCUUUUAAUAUGAACUGCAAAAAGCAGCUUCUCAUUGAGAUUUUUUUGUUGUUGUUUGUGGGGGGUUUUUUGUUUUGUUUUGUUUUUAAUGCCUUUGAGUGCAUAUUUUCUUCCUCGUCUGAAACCGAACUCCGAAAGUGGCUUUCUUUAGCCCUGGCUGGAAAACCACCCCUCAAUAGCCUUAAGCAAUAAAUGAGUAGAGAAUGUGGCUUCCACUGGGCUUAUUAAAAUAAGUGUGUCUAGUUUUCACUUGAACAGGUGAUAGCCGCAGAUGGCAAAGGAAACCCAUUUAAUUUUUGUAGCUUACAGGUGGUAGAAACAAAAAUGCAAUUUUAAAACCUUAAAUACCAAAAUACCAAAUACCAACCAUUGUCUUUUUUUUUUUUUUUUUUUUUUUUGAGAUGGAGUUUCGCUCUUGUUGCCCAGGCUGGAGUGCAAUGGCGCGAUCUCAGCUCACUGCAACCUCCACCUCCCGGGUCCAAGUGAUUCUUCUGCCUCAGCCUCCUAAGUAGCUGGGGCUACAGGCAUGUGCCACCACACCCGGCUAAUUUUGUAUUUUUGGUAGAGACGGGGUUUCUCCAUGUUGGUCAGGCUGGUCUUGAAUUCCCGACCUCAGGUGAUCCACCCACCUCAGCCUCCCAAAGUGCUGGGAUUACAGGCAUGAGCCACCGCGCCCACCCAGCAAUACCAACCAUUGUCUUUUAAAUUUGUGUUGGCUUCUCAGACAGGGAGAUCACCGGAAUAAAAUAACCAAUGGUCUUAUUUUGUCACAUGUAAAUCAAAAGAAAUGUCCUCUUUGAAGCUGUAAGACUCCACCAAUGACAGACACCCUUUUCGGUGGACUCUGAGUGGUGUGUAGUGGUUUUAUAGCCAUGGAAACUGGGAGUAUCUCACUUUCCACUGAGAACCCCUGCCCCCAAUCCCUCUAAGUUGGGGUGUGGCAGUUGGGCAGGGUCAAGUGACCCAGCCCUGGGUGUAGGACAGCCAUGUACAGUGAAGAGUUCUAGAACCAGCUAAAAAUGGAAGUUUGGGUGUUUACCAACAAGGUACCUCUUUAUGGAUGCAGCCCCACUAAGCUGGCUUUGACUCUCAGCUCCUUCCCCGUCUCCUCCUAACCCAAGCCCUUUUAUAAAAUAAAGCCCCAUCUGUCCCACUGCUCACAUACUUAUGUGCUGCUAGUCUCUACUCGAAGUUCGUGCAGGACUAAUGCUUUUAAAAUGAGGUCUAAAAAAUACUAAUUGAGAAUAUUCUUCUUUAAACAGAACUGCCUUUUUCUACUCCUUAUGUAAACUCUUUCUAUUGUGUUGGUCUAACGAGGCACUAUUUUAAAAUUUUUUUAAUUUCUCCCAUAGCACUUAAAAGAGAUUUUGUAAAGACUUUGCUGUAAAGAUUUUGUAAUAAAAUGGUCUAAGGGCUCUUUUUCCAACAUUACCAUUUUUAAAAAAUGUUUUAAAAGCUAGAAAACAACUUAUGUAUAUUCUGUAUAUGUAUAGCAGCACAUUUCAUUUAUGGAAAUAUGUUCUCAGAAUAUUUAUUUACUAAUAUAUUUAUCUUAAGCCAUGUCUUAUGUUGAGAGUGUGACAUUGUUGGAAUAAUCAUUGAAAAUGACUAACACAAGACCCUGUAAAUACAUGAUAAUUGCACACAGAUUUUACAUAUUUGCAGACCAAAAAUGAUUUAAAACAAGUUGUAGUCUUCUAUGGUUUUGUAACAAAUUGUACAAAUGACUGUAAAAAAAAAUACAAUUUUAUCAAGUAUAUGUUA